GAGGAGGGAGAAGCGGAUGGGGUCAGUUCAGGGAGAGCGUCGCCAGGAUGAACAAGGAACGGUGGCCGCGAUGUUCUUCCGGCGUCCUGCUGGCCGUGGGCGUCCUGGCUGUCGUGGGCGGCCGUGGGCAGACGAGGGCUGAGGACAGGGUGCCCGCCGCCCUCGGAGAGCUGACGGCCGUCCUCAGGGACCUCGGCGGGGAAGUGACGGCGGGGAUCAACAAGCUGCUGAAUGAGCUGCAGCAGGAGAGGCAGAGGCGCGGCGAGGAGAUCCAGGCGCUGAGGGAGCAGGCCUCCGACAACAGGAGAGCCCUCGACGUCCUCCGCGCGGAGAUGAUAGCGGUGGCGAGCGGCAGGUGCCCGGCAGCCGGUCACGGAGCAGUGGGCGAGGGCGGCAGCGAAGUGAGAGCCAUGGGCGCAGGCAUGGGCGGGGAUGAGCGGGCAAGGUCUGCCUCUCCUCCAGGCGGCAGAGGCAGCGAGGGCGAUGCCAACGUUGAUGACACGACGCCAGAUGGAGACUGUCCACACUCUUACAAGCGCUUCGGGAGGUACUGUUUGACGCUAUUGAAGGAGCGCAACAAGUGGGAGUUUGCAAGGUCGCGCUGUCACCUCCACGCGCGUUCCAUGGGCGGCGGCCGCGCCUCGGUCAAGGGCGACCUUGUUGUACCACAUGACAUGGAGGCUUUCAAGGCAUUUAUCGCAAGCACUGACUUCGGCGGCGCUCCGACCGGACGCGCGUGGGUGGGCGGCUCGGCGGAAGGCUGGGGAGGCGUUUGGGCGUGGGUGGACGGCUCGCUGAUGAACGAACUGCCGUGGGUGUACUCGCAGGCGAGCGGCGACGGAUCGCGGAUCGCCGUGGACCACGAGAGCGUGUUCCACACCGUGGGCGACGGGGAGAUCCUGUGGUCCGUGUGCCAGUACUUGCCGUCGUGAAGAGGCCGCUGCCGUUGGACAACCUGCUCACACAGCUUUACAGUUUAUCACCAUUUUUUUCCUUUUUCGACGUCCUCCUGUGCUUUCUUCUGCACAUGUCAUACAUUAUUUUCCUUUACGCUUGUUUCCUUAGUUUUAUUUUCUUAUCUUUUUCUCGUUACUGAUAAAUCAUUUUCAUCACGUGUCGCCUGCAUGUUUUCUCUUGGUUUUGAAUAAAU